AUGUCUUCCGACAGUCUCGCCCUCUUCCGCAAGAGCAUGGGCAACGAGCUUGGCGCUCUUGCAGAACAACACUACCAACACGAUCUUCAAUCCUCGGACCGCGCGGCCCUCCAAUCCGCAGCCUCCCGCGUCAGCACACACACAACCAUCGGCUCCAUCGUCGGCUUCUCCCUCGGUCUCUACCUCUCCUUCCGCCUACGCGCCAACCGCACCGCCAUGUUCAACGCCUUCCGCACCUCUGAGAAACCCGUCGCCGUGCAAUUUGCCGGUGGCCGCACCGAGCAACUCCCAGACCUUACGCCCAUGCUCAAGCCAUCUACUUUUGGCGACAUUGCUACCUACACACUCUUUGGACUGGGAGGACUGUUUGUGGGUGGAGAGACUGGAUUGUUGACGGGUAGUCUGUCGGCGCAAAGUGCGAUCAAGAAGGAUCCUGAGGCCAAGGCGAGGAUCGAGACUGCGUUCAGAAAGUUUAGGGCCGAGACGCUGAGGUUGGAGGCGGAUCAGUUAGAGAAGGGUGAAAAGACUUUGGGCAUUUAG